AUGUACCCAAUAUAUUCAUGCUGGCAUUAUCUAUACAAAUGGCAUGAUGCUCUAUUAGCGAGGUCAUUACGAGCUCCUCUUCCGUGCGCAGGGCGACGGAACAGCGCAAGGGCACAGCUCCUCCUCAACACCUUGGUCGUCUGCUUCAACUACGCCGUAGGGUGGCUGCCGUACACUCUGCUGGUGGGCAUCAGCGGUAGCCUGGAUGGAGGGACCUUUGUGAAAGGCUUUGAAAGCGGUCUGACGGAUUUCCAUUGCCACCUUCACGAUGCGUCCGUCCGCGGGGCCUUAGUCGUCAUGGUCGCGUCCUCGGCCAUUUAUCUCCGCCACGUCUACUUUGGCCUGGGCGGGCGGGGCCUAGGAGACGGCUACAUGCUGAUGGGCGGUUUGGUUCUGCCGUGGUUGAUGGCCACAAUAACAAGGGUGUUCUUGGUGGGGCAAGAGUGGCGCCUUCCGACUAAGUCUCUACUGAGGGAGGGAAGCAACGGGACUUUCACGAUGAGAGCAAACAUGAUAUUCUGCGAGACGCGCGUUAACAGCGGCUGGUUGAAUCACGUGAUGGCUGAGUGGCUGUUGACAUUGGUGAUAACUGGAUUGGUUGCAUUCUGGUUCCCGGCUGUCAGACGACGUUCACAAGAUUAUUCAAAGCUCAUGCAAAGGCCCGUUGGACUUUUUGCUUCUGGUGAGUAUUACAUGGAGUCAGUGUCCGUCAUCGCUAUAAUGUGGUUCCUCACUAUCAGACCCCUCCUGGCGACCAGUAUAUUCAUUUCUUCAAACGAAAGCUGGUCCUCCUAUCUUGACAUCCCUUCCCACGUCCUCAUCAUGAUGUCUGCGUCUCUCGUGCCCUUUGAGGUCGAGGACCGAUGGGCGAUGGCUGUGGAGGAGGAAUCUCCUGCAGAAGGUGACGGGGAAGUGAUAUCUCUGCAUGACGAGCCGGCUUGGGAGAAGAAACAAGGGACUGCUAUAGUGAACUCAGAUGAACAUUUUUGAAAAGUGAUAAACUGUUACGUGUCUAAUAGUGUGAUAAAAUGUUUGGUGAUUACGUUUUAUUGAAAUAUGCUUUUUGAAAAGUAU